CACUGGGCCCUCAGGCUCACUCAGUUCACGUUCAGUACGCGUGGGGCAGUGGAUGGUGGUGGUGGCAGUGAAAGUGCGGAACAGAAAAGCUUAUUCAAAGGGAAAAUAUACCAUCUUCGGUCGUUGGGAUUAUCAGUGACACACGGUAUUUGUUGGUGUGAAGGAGCCCCAAAGGAACAAUAUGGAUGUUGUCGGCCAGCAGGUCUGUAAAUGGGGCCCGGUGCUCAUUAGGUACCUGCCGCAAAUCAUCAAAGUCGGGCAUGACAUCUAUGCCCUCUGGUGCUCCAUAAGAAACAACAAAAAGCAAAAUGACACGGUGCUGAAGGCGAUGCAGUUACUGAAUCAACACCAAGAUGACAUUGACAAACUCCUUCAGGACCCACAGCAGAAGAGAGCCUUACUUGAGGGCCUAACAAUUCUUAUGAACAGGAUCAACGAGAACAACCAAGGACAGACGAACUUCAGGAGGGACGUCCCACCCUUUUCAUUCCCCUCACCAAAAGGAGCUACAAAUGACGAUGCAUACUACAAGAAGAGUGGAUACAGCGGCUCGACAUUUCAGGAUGACGGUGCGUGUAACAGCAAGAGUGGAUACAGCAGCUCAACAUUUCAGGAUGACGGUGCGUGUUACAGCAAGAGUGGAUACAGCAGCUCAACAUUUCAGGAUGACAGUGCGUGUUACAGCAAGAGUGGAUACAACGGCAACUCGGCUCAAUCCAUGACGUUUGAAGAGCAGAUCGAGUAUACUAUUGCACUGUCGCAGCGGGAGGCAGAGAACCAUGGGGCGUCCUACGUGGAGGAGAGAUGGCGUGAGGUGGUGGAGGCCGAGGACGAAAUGCUAGCAAUGGCUCUACAGGAAUCUGAAAUCUACGAAGCUUCACAACGAUGUGCUGACCAUUACUCCAACGCUGCCAGAGGACAUGGAUGCUGCUCUGAUGGCAUGAAGCUGAAGGACUGUGAGGAAGAUGAGUGUUCCAAAUGGAAGUGUGGCAAUGAAGACUGGAGGAAGGGAGAGAAGGAGCCUUGGGAAGAUGAGUGUGGCAAGUGCAAGUGUGACGAGGACUGCAGGAAGGGAGAGAAGGAGGACAAAGAGAAGCACUCUGCCCUGCUCCAGGAGGAAGAAGACCUGAUGGUUCAAAUGGCUAUGCGCAUAUCUCUGGAGUCAUAGGAAGAACACAAACCUCCUUCUGGUGCAGAAUAGAAGACCAUCGAUCACUGCUGAAUAGAGUUAAGAGGUAAACAGUGUGGUCAUGAACAGUGUGGGAUGAAAUAGCUCAAGACACAAAGCGUUGAGGCCAAAGUCUUGUAGGGUGCAUAGGUCUGAGGUUUGUAACAAAGGUCAGAAACCAAAAUUAAUGAAACUGUCAGAGAAAUCAAGAUGUGUGACUGAAAAUCAAACAGCAUUGUCCAUAGGCUGCAUGUGUUCAAUGGUGCUAAUUCAAAUAAAAAAUGCUUGUGUAUCUAAUUCCCACACUGUUCAGGUCUUACUGUACAUUGCUUAUGUAUUAGUGAGUGCAAUUUUAAGUUUGUAGUUCUAUCAACUAUUUUUGUAUACUCUUCAGACUUAUAUUCUAUCCAGAUAUCUACCUGUGCAUCUUUAGCUCUGAUACCCUGUUCCUUCUGAGAGGAAAAGGGGAAUAGAAUUGGUGGGGACAAUACAGAACACCCAACAUUAAGGAAACUGAUUUAGGAUGAGAUAAGAUAUGAAGGAUUGUAAUCUCUUGUUAUCAAAAUUGAGACUAUUUUUUCAACAUCAAUUGAAUUUGUUAUUAAUGGACUUUAGCAUAACAAAUUAACACAUGACAUGCUCAGUAAGUGCCUUACCCCUUAUUUCCAGUACUCUGUGUUGCUUAUAGUAAAGCUUUAAGAUAAUUUGAGAUCUAAUUACAUAAGUAUUGUAUGGUUAUUCAUGGUUAAUCUCAAUAUGUCACAUUAUUCACUCACCACACACAAAUAAAGUUAUCUUGAUCCUGAAUGACUGUAUAAUUUUGCAAUAAAAGUUAAUGUGAAA